AUGCGUAGAUGGGUUUUUGUUGGGGGAGUAGAAGAUAAGAUGAUCAGCAUAUCUAUAGCUGAUGUUGAAACCUUAUACCCUGUAAAGAUGUUCAAGAAGCAAAAAAAAAAAGAGACGUAUUAUACUUUUAAUAGAAUCAACGAACGUUAUGGUUCUCCUGGUUAUGAGCCAGUGGUUCUGGUUGACCGUCAUGUUCCUCGGUUUGAGUAG